GUUAAACCCACAGUACAGCACUAGUAUAUAAUAUGGCUCUCUCCUCAAAAAUUCUCUCACAUUUAAGUUCCUCUGUCCCAAGUUUCUAUUUUGCAUACCUAUCUAGAGGGUACCAACAUAUCUUGAAUCAACGUUGCCUUUGAAGCAUACCUUAGUACUAAUUUCUCGCGCUAUGACAGGCUCCUUACUCCUGGCACCACGGGAUGCGGUAACUUCAUCGCCUACAUGUACUGGAUUCCCAAAUGUGCAUGGUACACCUCAGGAGGCCCUCUCUCUAGGAUCUCUUGACUCUGAAGCCCUGAUCUUCCAGGAUGGAUGUGACUACUUCCAGUACGAAGAUUUCGUAACUCUUCCCACAAUCGAUGAAUUGCAACUCGACGAUUUUGACAUCAAUUAUAACCUCCUGGAGCACCAUGACGCCGCCGUUAUGAUUGAAAACGACCUCAUUUCCUGGAUGCUGCACGGUCCCAUAAAGAGCGAAGCUUUGGCACAGUUAUCUAGUCCUUUCUGCUCCUCUUUAUUUUCCAGUACAAUACCAGCGACUCCAAGUGAUAAAACCACCAAUUAUAUCCACGAGUUCACACCGGUUAUACGAAACCGCCUAACCAACCAAGUACCCCCAAACGACACCUCCCCGUUGGAUACCAUCACUCUUAAUCGGUCUGUCGGCCUGUCUAACACCCACAGACCAAGCAAAAGUGUAUCACCGGUCCUAAAGUUGAGACAAAAGUUUGUGCGUUCCAAAUCCCUCAGCGUAAACGGAGUUAAUCCGUUCUACAAUAUGCCACCUCGGGUGAACAAGGGCAGUACACAUUCACGUACCAAGGCACCCUACAACGUGGCAUCUCCCUUCCUUUCACUUGACCAAUACUUGGAAGAUCUCUUUGCAACCGAUGGGCCAGCACCAUGUCUGCAAAAGUGUAGGAAUACAUUAGAGUGAAGACUGGAGUCAAAGAAGUCGUGCAUGAUGACAAUAAAUCCUCAAUGAGGCCUUUGGAGAUUUUUGCAUUAUAAAGAUAAACCAUUACUAGAGAAGCCUAGAAAAAAGCAAGCAAACCUAUAACUGGAAAGACUUGUCGAGAUGGAAUGUACAGGUAUAGCACAACGAAAAGAUAAUUAUCACUAAACUCGGUGGUAACAACUACCAAGAAGCUCAAAGCGAUUUCGAGGUUGGGGUGAAGAUACGGCUAUACUGUUCUAGAUAAUUAUCUCUAUCAGUCAACAUAAGCUUACUUGGUACUUCAGAGCCAGCUUCGGAAAUAAAUCACCAAGGGGAAAGCUGUCAAUUUAUACCUUAAAUAUGCCCCCUGGAGAUAUCACUAUAAUUUGGCAACACAUAUAUCAAUAGUAUGAGUAUGUUAGAUAUUUUUUCCG